AUGCAUCUGUUUCUAAAACCUGUACACACAAGUACAAACUGUUUUGCCCUCCCAGAAGACGGGAAUUGCUUGCUAGCUUCUGCCCUCGGUGUCUGCUCUCUCUUUCACACAAUGUUUAAGAAGAAGCUUUGCAUACCCCUUUUGAGGCGCACGUUAACUUCAAUACCUCAACAACACUUCACCUCAACUUUUUCUACUCAGAUUAAACUUUGUGUUAACCAUGUAUCACCCUUCGCCCCCAAGGAUCUUCCUUGUCAUAAUAACCCCACGUCCUGUUAUUAUUAUUCACUCGGGUGUCUCGGAUUUUACGGGAAAAGUUUGUGCUCAGAAUCUGCUGAGAAAAUGAAAAGUGGGUGCUGGAAUUGCCAUGCUGUCAAUCAAUCAGCAACACCUUUCUUGGUUUGCGACUCAUGUCGCUGCAUUCAACCCGUCGAUGAUUCCAUUGACUAUUUUCAAAUUUUUGGGUCGGAGAGGAAGUAUGAUAUAGAGGGUGAGAAUUUGGAGGGCAAGUACAAAGAGUGGCAAAAGAAACUGCAUCCUGAUUUAGUACAUUCAAAGUCUCAGAAAGAAAGAGAUUUUGCUGCUGAACAAUCUGCAAGGGUGAUUGAUGCAUACCGAACACUUAGCAAGCCUUUGUCAAGAGGGAUUUACAUGUUGAAGCUUUAUGGAGUAGAAAUUGAUGAAGAACAGACAAUUUCAGAUCCAGAAUUACUUGCAGAGAUUAUGGAAAUCAGGGAAGCAGUUGAAGAAGCAACUAACUCUGAGGCUUUGAAUCACAUUCUUACUCAGGACCUCGUAGCUGUUGUACCUGUUCUGUUUUUUUGCUUCAAGGCUUCCAGAGUAAAAUGCUUCAGGAGCUAUUCCUUUGAGGGCAAACGAUAGUUCAGUUGUCCGUUUGAAGAAUUUGACUCAUUUGUCUCAAUGAACUGGCCUAAACAGUAAAUCACCAUUUGAUUUCGCUGUUUGUCUCGGGGGACCUUAUUAGUUCUCUUUGUACAUGAUGGAGUUCACAUCUUGUCACAUCAAGAGGCACAUCUUAAGAACGAACACCCUUUCAGAUUCACUGCAUGCAACUGAGCAAUACUUUUGUAUUUCCUUCACAUAAUUUCUUUUGUAGUAUUAUCCUCACCAAAGAGCGGAUUAUCUUCGGAAUUUUGUUGCACUUGUAUUUGAUGAUGUAGCCUGUAAAGGUGUUUUGUGGCAACUCGUUGCUAAAUUGUCUUACGUUAGGUCUUAUUUAUAAAAAAUAAUUACAAAUAUUUUAUC